AUGGAUGUUCAUGUGGAUACCCAACAACCUCUUUUAGAAAACGCACAACAAAAAAUUCCCAAAACAACAACACAAAAGACAAUAAGAAAAGCAUUCAAAGGAACAGCAUAUUUAGCCAAUCUUCUUCCAACAGGAACAGUUUUAAUAUUUCAAACAUUAUCACCAGCUUUAACACAUAGAGGCCAAUGUCACACACAAACAAGCAAAUUCAUGACAUUAUGUCUCUUAACAUUUUGUGGUCUCUCAUGUUUUCUUCUAUCUUUCACAGAUAGUUUUAGGGAUGAAAGAGGAAAAGUUAGAUAUGGUGUUGCAACAUUGAAUGGUAUGUGGGUUAUGGAUGGAUCAAUUAAGCUUGGAGUUGAAGAGGCUAAGAAAUAUAAGCUAAGGUUUAUUGAUUUGUUUCAUGCAUGUGGGUCCAUAUUGGUUUUUGGUGCAAUUGCAAUGUUUGAUCAAAGUAUUGUUACCUGUUUGGCUCCAAAACCUUCUGAGGAGGCUAAGGAGCUUUUGGUAGUAUUGCCUAUUGGGAUUGGAAUUUUGUGUAGUGUUCUGUUUCUUCUAUUUCCUACACAAAGACAUGGGAUUGGCUUCCCUCUCUCACGCAAUUAA